CAAAAGACCAGAUGUUGACAAGUUUCCUGUCACUGUUACUGGAAGGUCGUUUGUUCUUGUGGAGAUUUUCUUAUCUGGGAUCUCCCUCUCCUCCCCCCCAUCUCUCUCUCUCUCUCUCUCUCUCUCUCUCUCUCUCUCUCUGUGGCCCAGCGGAUCGAAAUCUUUCGCUCUGAUGACGAUCUGUAGUCCUUUCUCCCGCCCAUGGCCCCGGAGAGACACACAGUUCUCCUUUACUGCCUCAUAGUCCCCUUUCCUCUUCCUCUAUUCUCUACUCUCUCUCUCUCUCUCUCCCCACUUGUCUCUCUUUAUCAUUCUCCGUUGAAUGAUUCGUGUUGGUUUGGCUUCUUCGUGUGACAGCGCUUGAGAAUUUUUAUACAGGAGGGGAAUUUGGGCUUCAGGGACCGUCCAAGUUGCCAUCUUUGAUGUUGAAUGGAGUCCUCUGAAGAAUUUUUAGAAGAGGCACGAAAGAAGGGGGAUAUGGUAGAGGUCUUCUGGAAAUAGAGUGUCGAAGAGCCAGGGUUGUGGUCUUCUUAAGUCUCAAAUUUAUCCUAUGUUUAGCUGAGCCUUGGAUGUAGGAAAAAAAAUGAUAUGCUAGUUUCAGGCCUAAUCAUUUAUACCCUUGUUUGCAAGCUGCUGUGCUGGACACUUGCAUAUCAAGUGUCACCAUAACUGGAAUGGGAGCAAAAGUGCAGUGUAAAAGCUACAUUCCUGGAUACUAUGCAAUGAAGGAUUUAAACAAUGACUCAAACAGUAGUUGCUCUCUUUAUCAUGAACAUAAAACAUUUAAUGGGCAAAUCUACAAUAGUUUCAAGAUGAGGCCAGUGAAUGAAUAUUCAGAAUAUGAUAAAGAAUUGUUGAAGAGAACAAUGCUUGAACAUGAAGCAGUGUUUAGGAAGCAGAUUUAUGAACUUCACCGUCUUUAUAGAGUACAAAAGUACUUGAUGGAUGAGCUUAAGAGAAAACAGUCAUACAGAUAUUCUGCACCAAUGGGGGCAUCCCACUCAAAUAUAUUUUCAUCUCACAUGCCACAUGAAAUUUGUGGGAAGAUAUGGCAGAUGCCUCAUCAACCUUUGGCGAACACCGGUUAUAGGAGGGCAACUGCGCCAGAUGCUGAUAAUAAGAAGUCCACUCUGAAUUUUCUGAAGGAAAAUGAUAUGCGGUACAAUCCAAUUUCACCUGAAAAUAGAGGAUCUCUUGAUGAUAGACCAUUGGACCCUAAACUCCAAAGGUUUCCAAAGAAAAUGUUUGACCUUCAUCUCCCUGCUGAUGUGUAUAUUGAUAGUGAAGAUGCUGAAAGAACAGAAAAGGAAAUUGUUGCUGAUUCAUGUGUUAGGGUUGCUGAUACUCUUAACAAGAUUCAUGGUGUUGAGCCUGAGAACAAUGUGAAGCUAACUCUUGUCACCGGUGAUGACGGUAGUUGCAGGGAAGGUAGCUGGAAGUCAUAUUUGCAUUCACGAGGUGGUCAUUCUAUUCACCAUUUGGCUGAUUUAAAUGAACCCAUCAAAGAUUUAGAUGGCAAGGGAGCUGCAGGUUCAGUUUCUAAUGGUUUGAGAACCCAGCAUAAAGAAGUUCAAGGGCAUCUGUUACCAAUGAAAUCGAGAACAAAUUUUGUACACAGGGAUUUUUUCAUAGAUGGAUAUGGAAAUGAAGGAAGUUGCUCAAACUUUUUUAACACAGAAAAGCAGGAAAUUAUAGAAGAAUGGCAACCUUUACAUAAUGCUGGCCGAAGUAGAAGCAAUGGGAAUUCUUUUAAUUCUGGUUCAUGCAAUGAGAAAUACCCAAUGUCAUCUGAGUCAAUUCAAUUGAAGCUUAAGAAAGCUCAUGAAACUCAGUUACCUGAUCAGAAAAAAACAAAUAGGUGGUUCAGGGAGAAAACAUCACAAUCUAUUGAAAUCUCUGGAAGAAUUCCACACCUUGUUAACUCAAACCAUUCAGCUGUGAUGUAUCCUCAAAUGACCGGUCCACUUUCAGUUGUUUCUCAAUCAGCCUGUUCUAGUGUUGCAUCUCCACCAGCUUCAUCUUGGAGAAAGCCAGCCCAUAGUAUAAGCCACAUUCCAAUUGCAGUUCAAGCACUUCCAUGCUUCAACGGACCUGUAACGAUGAAUGAACAGAAGAGUUCUAAUGCUCAACACCCUAGUAAUGCUUCUGGCAAACUGCAAUGCAAUGGGAAUUUGAAGUCACACUCGCAACUGGGGAGUAAAUCCUCCUUCCUGAAUGGCUUUCGCCAUGGUUUGCAAUCUGAAUCUUCAACACGUUCACUGCUGCCAUCAGUCACCCUGGAUCAGCCAGACCCCAAUAAUAGUGGUGAUAAUUCGGAAUAUCAGACCCCUGAAAAUCAUGGAGUGCAAAAGUGCUUCGAGGAUUUGCAGGGCAUAGACAAUAAAUCUGGAAGGGGUGUGAAUUUGAAUCGGAGUAGUCUGAAUGGAAUUAUAGAUGACCUCACUGCCAAACAACAUCUAGCAGGGAAGCACGAUGGAUCAUCAAAUGGGUUGCCUUGGCUCAAAACAAAGUCAGCCUGUAAUGGAUCUUCUGGCAAAGAACUGUGUGCCCCUCAAAUGGAGUUGGGCUUCACAAAGGAUUGUUCCCAGCUGAUGUCCAGAUGUGAAAAUGUGGCUCCAGAAUAUGCAAGUAAAAUAGACAAGGAGAAAGGUUUUUCUCUGUGUGUUCCACGGCAUUCUCUAUUGCCUUCUCAGAUCAAGGAGAGCAAAAUUCAUAGGCAUGAGGCAUCUGAUGGCCUGAAUAGCAAAAGAAUUCCUGUCUCUUCUAUUCUUGAUAUGAUCCGACCGAGUGCUAACUACUCGCCUGUCUCAUGUUACAAACAAUCUUUAGAUGAUGAUGCAAAGUUCCGUGAAAAAGGCAAGGGUGCUACAAAUCAUAGUCUAGGUAAUGAAAGCAACAUUAAUUUGAACUGUGCUACAUAUGGGGCAGAGGCUCCAUCAUCACUUUACAUUACAGGUGUAACUGCAAAAAUUGCUUGCAACAUUGACUUGGAAACACCAAUCAAUGCAUGGGAAGGAGGUAGUAUAUGUUCUCAGGGUAAAAUCAUAGGGAUGAAUCACCUCAAGAAGCCUGUUGAAAUUUCUUUGAGCAAAGAUGGUUCACACGAAACAGAAUUCUCUUGUGAUAUACCUCUUAGAGUGGCAGCAGAGAUUAUCAUUUCCAUGUCAUUAGAUGUUUCCAGCCAUUCCGAUGGCAUCACAUUUUGCUUAUCGGCCCCAGCAUCAUGCGAUUCCUUGCAAUGGUUUGCAGAUGCAGUUUUAUCCAGUGCAAGGAGUGAAGGAGUGCCAAAAGGAAGAGGAGACGGUUGCUCUGAACAUUCAGAUGAUGGGACGGAUUCGUUCGAGUCCUUGACAUUGAAGCUUGAGGCAAUGAAGGAAGAUGAAUACAUGUGCAGAACAUGGGAGCAAGAGAAACCAAAGGAUGAGCAAUCAGGCACUGCUCCACUGCUUCUAACAAGGUCUCGGAGGGGCCAGGCAAGAAAGAGAAGGCAAAGGAAGGAUUUCCAGAAAGAUAUUCUACCCGGCCUUGCAUCAUUGUCAAGGCAUGAAGUGGCAGAAGAUCUUCAAAUUCUUGGAGGUCUGAUGAGAGCAUCAGGCAAGCCUUGGCAGACUUGUUCAGCUAGACAGAGCACAGGUCGAAACGGGCAAACAAGGGGGAGGAGGCCAAGAAGUUUGGCUGUUACUGUGGAAGAGGUUCAUGUGAGUCACCUGCCAGCACAACCUACUUAUACUGAAGUACCGCUUGGAGGGACGAGCAUGAUGGGGUGGGGAAGGACCACAAGACGAUGUCGUAGGCAGCGAUUUCCCUCAGGAAAUGCCUCUGCUCCUCAGAAGUAGAGCUUAGAGGGCUGCAUAUGUGAUCAUAAUUUUAUAGAGUCAUCAGAAUAGCAAUUUUCUGAGUGUUUGGUUGUUAGAGACAGGGAAUGUCUUGUACAUGUUGGCACUAAUUUGGGCCCUUGAUUAAGUGCUUUGGAGUUAAACAGCUUGUACAUUUCAUAGUAAUAAAUGCCGAAUUAUUUUCAUAUGAA